AUGACUAUUAAGCAGCUUCUUAUUCAUAUAACCCCUUGGGGUCUUCUUAUUAUAUCGACGUUGCUCCUAUGGUACAAUUAUGAAUUAUUGAAAGAGAAAGAGAUUCGCCGACACAAACGGGAGCUCUAUGAGACGGAGGACACCAGCUCGUAUUUUGUGCCAGUUUUUGCGCGAGUUUCGAAGAAGUAUAUUCGAAAAAUAUGCAUGGAGAAAUUUCAUUAUUUGGCGCCAUCGAGUCAAGAAAAGAAAUUCAAAAAUAAUUUGAUGCUCAAAACGGCGAAAGACUGCUCGUCGAAUGUCAAUUUUUCAAAAAUGGAGCUCGUCGGAAAAAGAAAAAACAAAAAUGGGUGUGCGUACAUCGAUGGUCCCUAUUGGCACGUGUGCGAAAUGAUCAAUGGCUACACGAUGCUCACAUUUAAAGGCGCACGCCAAUUGAAUAGCUCAACAGCGAGUCACGUGCAUUUUCUACCGUAUGUUUGUGAGGGAACUGACAAUACAGUACACCACAAUAUUAUGUAUUUUAAUCAUCGCAAUCUCAUUGUUGAAUUUAACUUCAAAAAUCAAAAGACGAGAACAUUGAAAUUAAAGAUCUCUGAGAAGCCACUGUAUUCAAAUUCGUCGUCAAAAAUUGACAUACAAUUCGACGAGUCUGGACUAUGGGCUCUCUAUAAAUCGAAUAAAAAUGAUUUAAUUGCUGCCAAAAUUGCGGCGACAAAUUUAAAGCUAAUCUCUCAAUGGAAUUUGAAGACGCUUGACACUUCAAAGUUUUGUAAUACGUUCAUUAAAUGCGCGGUUCUAUACUCGGUUGAAUGCUCAAAAAAGGAAACGAUCAUCAAACCAAUCUAUGAUUUCAAUUCAAGCACGUUUAUCAGCGGAAAAUCGAUGGCGUUGAACGGAACCCUACAAUCCGUCAAUAAUAUACAAUAUGAUCCGGAUUCGAAUUCGAUUGCUAUUUAUUCGAAUGGCCUCAUUUUCAAGGUGUUGCUUCAAAAUGUUAAACAAUAA